CAUCAUUUAAAUGGUAAGUAAAGACUUCGAAAUUUGGCGUCCAUACCGAUUUAAAUGAAGUCGUCAGUUAGUGAACGAUCGUUGAAUUAAAACACAAUGCUCGCUUUCGUUUUUAUAGUACUCGUGAAUUUUCAUCUUUGUUCAUCACAUUUAUCGAUAGAGUUAUUUCAAUCCGCCCUUACAAGUGCGAAAAAAGAAGUUGGUGGAAAUUUUGUCAUUAAAUACCCCAACGGAGCAAGUUUAUCAAAAAUACAAGAAACGUAUCCAAAUUCCAUGCCUUUUCCAUGCGAAAACAUUACAAAAAAUCAUUUCGGAAGAUCACCAAUUAAACCAGUUAGUGUUCAUCGAUUAAAACCGGGUGAUAUCGAUGUUAUUGGAGCGAUGGGUGAUUCUUUAAUCGCAGGAAAUGGGGCAAUGGAAGAUUACGCUUUAGGAACGAUGAUUGAGAAUAGAGGAAUUUCUUGGUGUGCUGGUGGUCAAAGCAAUUGGAGGCAAUUUCUAACACUCCCAAACAUUUUGAAAGAAUUUAACCCAAAUUUAACUGGUUAUUCCACGGGAACUGGAGAGUUUUUAUCGGCGAACGCUCAAAUGAACGUUGCUUACCCCGUUUCAGCAGAUGAAGACGCUUUGAGACAAGCAAGGAUUUUAGUUAAGAAAAUUAAAAAUGAUCCAAAAAUUGAUUUUCAAAACGAUUGGAAAAUGAUAACGGUAUUUUUUGGGGCGAACGAUCUUUGUUCCGCUCAAUGUUACGAUAAGGAAAAAGCAUCUCCAUUAAAUCAUGGAUUAAAAUUAAUGAAAGCUUUAGAUUAUUUACAAGAAAAUUUACCCAGGACGUUUGUUAAUUUAAUUCCAGUUCUUGAUGUUUCAGCAAGUGUAAGAAUAAAAAGAUCAAUGAUUUGCAAAAUAAUGCACCGUUUAUUUUGCGCUUGUUUCCACCAAAACGGUAACGAAAUGGAAUUGAUAACAAAAAUGGUUAGAGAUUACCAAGAAGCCGAAAAGAUUUUGAUUGAUUCUGGGAGAUAUGACACAAAAGAUGAUUUUACAGUUGUUAUCCAACCUUUCAUGAAAUUUUUUAACACCCCAGCGAAUUUUAAUGAAGCCCGAGACGAAGUAAUCGAUAAUUCUUAUAUUACACACGAUUGUUUUCAUUUUUCGCAAAAAGGCCACGCUUUAGGUGCAAAUUUAUUAUGGAAUAACUUAUUGGAACCCGUCGGAAGAAAAAGUGUACGAAAAAUGGUUUUAAUGGAGGAAUUUAAGUGCCCUUCGAUUGAAGCCCCUUUUUUAUUUACUAAAAUUAACUCUCAAAACUUUUUAGUUGCAGGUAUACAAUAAAAUAUGUACAUACAUAUGUAAUGUAUUAAAAUCGUAAAUAAUAAAUCGUGUUAUAAAA